AUGUUACGAACUGAAACUGUUACGGAUGGAGUAUAUGCAUCAUUUGGUUUUCAGGAGCAUUUGAUGCAUGUAUCAGCAAUGCAUUUUGGCUACACGGUUGAAGAGGCGCUAUCGAAACUAGACAGACGUGACAAAGAAGACGUACGUGAGAGAUGCAAAACCUUUCUUGUUAUUUUGUGUUCCGAAUUACAGAAAAGGUUGCCAAAACAGAUCACAUUCCUUAAAGCCGUGGUGAAGUUGUCUCCAGAAAUAGCCACUUCUCAAGUGAAACCUACAUUAGUUGACAUAUUACAAAAUGUUCAAAGGGCUGAAGUAUAUGGUUGUAAACAAGAGGUAGAAAUGGAAUGGAAUAAUUUGCAAAACAAAUCUUGGAAAAAUACGACGCGUUGUACUGAUUUUUGGGCUGAGGUUCAGGGGGACACAGACGCUGGGGGUAAUAAAAGAUUCCCUAAUGUCUCUAAAUUAGCAUUGUCUCUUUUGUCGGCGCCUAUAUCUAAUGCAGCCGUAGAAAGGGCCUUUUCUCUAUACUCAGUCGUCAAAACAAAGCUUAGGAAUAGGCUAUACCUGCCUAUGAUACAGAAUAUAAUGACUGUAAGAUACAAUUUAAACAUAUUUCACAAAUCUUGUGUUAACUUCACUCCUUCAAAAACAAUGUUGGACAAAUUUAAUAAUAGCAUGUAUGACAAAAAAGAUAGUGAUGCAGAGGAUACUUUUAUUGUUAUGUGCCAAUAA